AUGCAGAAAGUCCUACGGCGCGCCGAAAGGGCGAAACGGACUGCGGACCGACAGAAAGCCAGGAGCGUCCUUCAACAAGAGAAAGAAGAAUCUUGGAACCGGAACCAGAAUCGCGUGCGGCUCCUCAAAGAACAAAACGACCUCAUACGACAGGAGAGAAAGAACCGCAUACAUGACUGGGAGACAGGAGCUUUGGCUCCACGAAGAGAUGUCGGUGACUUAGCGAAGACGUACGCUACAAUGGGGGUAUACAACUGGCAGCUUCCUGAGAAAGACCCCAAGGACCAACCGAAAUGGAUUCACAUAUCGGAGGGCGAUCGAGUGGUUAUGUUGAAGGGUAGAGACAGGGGCAGGAUAGGAAGAGUGCGCAGUGUGGAUCCAAAAACAGUAGCUGUCUCAGUCGAAGGACUCAACUUGGUGGACAUCAGUAUUCCAGAAUGGCUGAAGCAAGAGAAUCAGAACGACAGGGAUAUGGCAACGCAAGCCAGAAGUGUGCCACUCGAAGAUGUCAAGCUGGUGUAUCCGCUGCCUGACCCCAAGACCGGAGCUCACCGAGAUGUCAUCAUAGACCGUCUCCUACCCGUCAAUCGACAUUGGGACAAGAACCUCAAAGAAUGGGACGACGGCGAUCGGGUCAUUCCUGGCACGAACAUGCUGAUACCCUGGCCGGAGAAGGCAGAUCCAGACUACGAAGACCACGAAAGUGACUCGCUGCGCAUCUCAGUGGAAGAGCAGACAUUCAGACCGUUCCUCAUCCGGCCGCCAAUGCCACUCUCAGUCAUCGAUGAGUUGCGAGGCAAGUACAGCAGAUUCAGGACACGGCACGACUACGACUACGUUGUCAAGAAGGAAAUGCAAGAGGCGAAGGAGAGCGAUAGGAAAAAUCUCAUUAAGACGAUGCGUACACCUUUGCAGGAGCUGGCAGAUCUCAGGGCGAAGCAAAGACAGGAACAACCGAAAGAGUUGACACCGGAGCAAUUGGCCAAGAUUGGUGAGGUCAUUGCACGAGAGCAGGCGAAGGGCGCAGACGUCGCGAAAGAGGCCGGUGUCUGA